AUGGCUUCCUCAAACUCCAAAUCAAAAGGGCAUUACGAUGUGUUCUUGAGUUUCAGAGGUGCAGACACAAGGAAAGGUUUUACAGAUCAUUUAUAUUCUGCUUUGGUUCGAGAUGGAAUCCACACAUUUAGAGAUGCUAAUGAGAUCAAUAGUGGUGAAGAAAUUGGAACAGAGUGUCUCCAAGCAAUUGAAGAGUCAAGGUUUUCUGUUGUCAUUCUCUCAAAACGCUAUGCAUCCUCCACUUGGUGUCUUGAGGAGCUCGUGCACAUCCUCAAAUGUAGAAACGAAGGAGCCCAUGUUGUUUGGCCUGUCUUCUAUGACAUAGAUCCAUCUGAUGUUGAAGAGCUGAAAGGAAGCUUUGAAGAAGCUUUUGCUGAACAUGAAAAGAGUUUCAAGGAUGACAUGCAUAAAGUGGAGAAAUGGAAGGAUGCUCUCAGAGAAGUUGCUUACUUGAAGGGUCUGGAUCUACAAAAACAUCUAGAUGGGCAUGAAGCUAAAAACAUAGACUAUAUUGUUAAGGAGAUUUCAGUCAGACUCGAUCGGACAAUCUUAAGUGUUGCUACCCACCCAGUUGGGUUACAUUCUCGUGCAAAAGAAGUGAUUUCGUUGCUUGAUGAUAAGUCAACAGAUGUUCGCAUAGUUGAAAUCAUCAACCUUAAAAAUUUUAGUGGGGAUGGACAUUUGGAACUCAAUGGUUGCCCAAAAUUAAAAGCAAUUGAGGGAUACUUCAACUUGGAGCCCUUAGGAUGGGAGAUUGCUGAAAAUUUUCUUGGAACUUGUGGCUUGUUCACAGAAGAUUCCCUUCCAAGCAUCAAUGUCCAUGUGAUCAAUAAUCUGACGGGAGCUGCUACAAUCAGUCCUCUCCAGGUUCUUUCUGAGAAAUCUAUUUACAGUAUCUUUCUACCAAUAAGUGACAUUCCGGCAUGGUUCAGCCAUCAGAGUGAAGGUGACACAGUUUCAUUGCAAGUGCCUGCACUUGAUCCUGAUUGCAAAAUCAGUGGUUUUUCUAUAUCGGCAGUCUAUGCGUGGGAAAAUUCCUCUGUAUCUUGCUAUUUUUGCCCCAUAAUAGCAGUUACUAACAAAACAAAAAAUUUCCACUGGAUGUAUGACCCAAAAAUCACCUUCUUUAUGUGCGAAGUGGAACAGGAUAUGCUGUGGCUGAGCAGCUGGUUAUUUGAGAAUCAAGUGGAAGGCAUUGAUGAUGCAGAUAUGAGCUGGAGGUUUCGGGAUGAGAUGGAAGAAGGGGAUCAACUGGAUGUCUUGAUUGACAUGGGUUUUGGAAUUGCUGUCAAAAGGUGUGGCAUCCAUUUGCUUUACAACCACAACGACCUGAAGGGUUCCCCAUCAAAUGAUAUAGUUACUAUUUCACAUUCCCGAUCUUCAAGACACUAUAGAAGGUUGCUGAAGUCAAGUUUUCAGUGGCUGACAUUCAAACGCCCUCAAGUAGCACCAUACAAAAACGAAUGGUUAACGGAUGAUAAGCGAAGUUUCAAGAGGUAA